AAAUAACGGAGCGGCCAGAGCUCAAUUGAGAGGAUUUGACGAAAUGGACGACCAACGACGGCUACCUCGCCAUUGACGCACACGACCAAGGAAAUUCCGCCGCUCCCAGUUGCGCUGACGAGAUGGGAACGGCGGCACCACAACAAUCAUGCCGUCUUCGCUUCCCGUCCCGUCCAAGGCGGCUCUGACGGCGCUGCGAGGGCUCGUCGUCGGCACCUCGUGCACCCUCGCCCUGAUCGCCGAAGACCGCCGCCGGAAGAUCAACAACGCGGUGCGCGCCAUCGAAAAUGGCGAGCGGAUUAAGUCGGCCAAGAGAUACCGGGCGGGAGGGGCCGCGCUCGCGCUGGCCAUGGAGGAAGAGGCGCUGUGGGAUCCGCGGUUGGGUUCCCUUCCCCCGGUUGGGCUAGAACUACAUCAGCACAACCAUCCGGGGACCACGUCAACUCCGAUCAAUAAGAGUAAAGAUUGUCUGCAGCAGCAAUGGGAGGAGACAGACGGGACCGAGCCUCCUGCGGAAGCUCCUGGGAGGACGGUGGUCGCGGUAUCGAAGGAGGAUGGGGUCACACCAUCCACGCCAAGCGCUGACGGCACCUUGAAAGUUGCCUCUCUUCCACAUCCUUAUAACCCCGUCGAAACCAAGAACCGCGCCUUGAUCCGGCCCCUGCACGGACUGCCGCCCUCAUCGACACCGGCCCCGAGUUGGACAUUGACAAACGCCGAAGCGCUCAAGGCCUACGCCUUCCCUACCGUCGAAGACAUGGUCGUCAAGAUCCACGAAGCUUGCGACUCUAGAGAUUAUCGAAAACUUUCCGAUGCGUUCAGAACAGUUCUUGAGGCGAUGGACCACAAACUUGCCCCCGACAACCUGGACCAGCCUUGGGUCGAAGCCACUGCGCGGCUAUGCCGGGCAUUUCAGGACGAAGGGCAUUUUGAGGACGCCGCGAAGCUCCUGUAUCGGAUUAUCUGCCGAGGACCCGUGCGGGAGAGCGACUAUCUGAAUCACGAGCCCUUCGCGCUGAUCGAGUCGCUGCUGGCUCGAGCGGACGUGAACAAACAGAGAGGAGAGGCCUCGACGGUGGAUAUCGACAACGCCGUUAAUCUGUUCGUUCCGAAAUUCAUCGAACGGCCGGCAGGUCCCAACCCCAGGGCGUAUAAGCUCGGGCGCAAGCUGCUCGAAGCCUGCUUCUCUGCGGAUCGACUGCAGAGGAUAUUCGGAGUUUAUCGACGAUGCAUCUUGGUCGCGGAGGGCAACUGGAGCGACCUGUCCUCCUGGUUCCUCACUAAGCUCCACGAGAAGCAGGACUACACAUCCGUCGUCAAGAUCUUCAUUACCACUUUCCCCCAAUCUUCCCCGACGGAAGCUUCCCUGCAUGCCAUCGGGGAUAUGAUCGUCGAGAGCGUCGAGUGCGCUGGCGACCAUAGACCAGACGAGGUCCUCAAGACAUUGUACGGUAUCUGCACCAGUCUCGGCAACACCAAACUGAGCCCUAAGUGGGUAAUGAGGCUCUUUGUGUCACACUGGAGAAAGCACCACGAUUUCGACCAAAUUGAGAGGAUGUUUGAGGAGCUGCGAGCCCCUGGACUGAAGGAGACCGUGUUUCGGCACGGCAACAUCUAUCGCAUCAUGGUCGAGCUGGCCCUCGAAGCGGGCGAGGAGUCCAAGGCCGAUUCUUACUUCGCGCUCGCUGUGUCGCAGAACCGCGCCCUGGCCUCGGACGUUCGGUUGCUGGGCGUCUUUGCCCGCUUUCACGCCGCAGACGGCGACUGGGAAGCCGUCCGUGCCGACUUUGAGGCCAUGAAUAAGAAGGGGACGCCAACCAGCCAAGCCUACGGCCGGGUCUUCGUCCCGGUACUCAAGGCGUACGCCGAGACACAUACGGUCCGAGAGACCGAGGCGUUCCUCAAGUCUUUCACCGAGGAGUUCAAGGUGCCAUUGUGCAACUACGUGGUCACGCUCAUGGCCAAGCACUACGCAGCCAUUCGCGAUAUCGGCUCGUUGAUAGGCUGGCUCGACUAUUGCAGCCGAGCGGGCUUUCCCGUUGGCGCUGCCCUCACCAACGCCAUCUUGGUGAGAUGCCGGAGGGAAUGGAACUUUCCUUUCAGGGAGCUCCGCACGCUCUUCCGAAAGCUGCAAGCCCUGAACCCCGACUGGGUGGACAAGCACACGGAGAAGAUCAUGGUCGACAGCGCGUUGUCGGACUCCAAGUACGGCGGCAGAGCGGCAAGGGGGCGGCUGCUCUCCUUGCGGCUUGAUCCGACCAAACCCGGCAGCAGGGGAAAAAAACACGCGGAAGUCGAGGAAGUGGUGUCAGCCAUGAGAGAAGCCUUGCGAAGCGGCUCGCCCCGCCGCGCUCUCUCGAUCUACCACCGGGCAGUGCACACGAAGGUGCCCUUCUCUCAGCGCGCCCUCCAGCUGGCCGUGCAGGCGCAUCUCACUCGGGCGCCGAACGACUUCCACGGCGCGUACACGCUGCUCCGAAAAGCCCAAGCCAAAGGCGAAGACAUCAACCCCGUCAUCAACUACCUCCUGGCCAAGCAACUAACCACCACCAUCACUGCCCCCUCCUCGACCAAACCGUCGGAGACGGACGCGCUUAUCCAAGAGACCCUCGAGCACUACCGCCGCGCCGGCGUCCGGCUGACCGAGACCUCCCUCCACCGCGCCGCCGCCCUCUGCCUGGCGGCCGGCCACCCCCGCGGCGCCGUGCGCUACGCCCUCGCGGCGGCCGAGGCGCGCGGCCCCGGGACCGGCCCGUGCUUCAACCUGACCAACUUCAAGAUCCUGCUCGCGGCCUACGCCGAGCUGGUGGACGCGGACGGGCUGCGCGACACCAUCGCGCGCGCGCUGGCCAGCCGCUACCGCGAGGACGCGGCCUGCCGCCGGGCCCUGCGGCACGCGCGCGCCCGGGUCGGCCACUCGGCCGCUCGGGCCCUGGUCUCGCGGGCCCGGUGGGAGCGGGCGCGGGCGGCGGUGGAGGAAGGGAUCGGAAAGGUGGUGGAGGCGAGGAAGAAGCUCAGGGAGGAGGCGAGGCUGCUGGAGGCGGAGGCGCUGCGGAUCAUGAGGAGGGCGGCGGCCGACGCGGGCAGGCCCGAGGUCAACUUCGACGAGAUCCCCUGGCUGGGUGGGAAGGGGAGGGAAAGGACGAGGAGGGACGCUGGGGGGGGCGAUGGCCCGGAUGCGGAUGAGGAUGCUGGGGAGAAGAAGGGGGCGGUGGUGACGGACUCGGCCUGGCUGGGAGAGGGGAAGAAGAAGGGUGCUGCGACGGCGGUGGAUGGGAGCGCGAGCGGGAGCGUGAGUGGGCACUCUGGGAAGAGAAAGAGCGCGGGCGUGGGCGUGGGCGUGGGCGUGGGCGUGGGCGUGGGCAAGGCGAAAGAGAGGGAGGAGGACGAGCUCGUCGGGGCCGGGUUUUAUGCGGACUUGGAACGGGCGUUACUGGAGAGCUCAUCUGGGACGGCGGUCGAGGCGUUUUAAGAUGGCCAAUAUCUAUCUAUCUGUCUUUCUAUUUUAUCUACCCAUGGACCUUGGUGGUUGGACAAUUGUACUGUACGUAUGUAAAAGUAAACUCUUGUAUAGACGUUACGCUGCGCUGGAAUAUGACGGUGUCGCUCGGUAUACAGUAUACAUACAUACCAACGGAACCUAUCAACUAACAAAGGCAGUCUGCAGUUGAGUUUGAGUUACAACCCCACAACCCCAACAAGG